GAACUGUCAGAAAUCGUGAAGCCGACGCGGCAGCAACGAAAGCAACUCACUUACGUUAAAAUUUUCGAUCAACUCGGAGUUUGCCAGCUCAUCCCACCCUAGACAUGGACAAGGUUGUUAAGUUCGCCGAGCCUGGACGCGCCUUCGCCAAGGACUCGAUCCGCCUGGUGAAGCGCUGCACCAAGCCCGACCGCAAGGAGUUCCAGAAGAUUGCCAUCGCCACCGCUAUUGGCUUUUGCAUUAUGGGCUUCAUCGGCUUCUUCGUCAAGCUGAUACACAUUCCCAUCAACAACAUCAUCGUGGGCUCCUAAGUGCAGCCGUUGGCCGUGGGACCAGAACAAUAACAAACACCCCAAUCAUCCAAUUCUAGCAUACAUCAAAUAGAUUUUUUUUUCGUUUAGUUAACAUGCAUAAUAUAAAUAUACAUAUAUGUAGAUGAGCGAAACUAUGUGCAUUCAGCGAAUGUCCUUACACCAUUUUUACGUGCAUAUACUCGCAUGUAAAAGCGUAUUGCAAAUGUUCAAACAAAAUUCCAUUCACGAUUCUAUGUUGAAGUGCAUGAACACACACGUUAGUUGAUAAGGAAGAGGAACCAACCACCAUGGCACGUGUUGCGGUGUGUCCACUAAUAAAUGUGAGCCAGAUUUUCCAAUUAA